AUGACUGCGGCGCGUUCGCUCGUCGUCGUCGGUGCUCUCCUCGCGGUCGUCGCGCUGACUGCACAUGCAGACAUCCACAAUCUGCCAACCAAGUGGGUCGACGUUACCAGCUCGACUGCCCCCCAGCUGUCCACCAAGAAUGUCGUCCUGUCACCUGCGCUGGGUUGGCUGACUUGCUCUGGGUCAACCGGAGGCUACCGCUCCACUGGUUCUAGUUACUUUAGUCAGGAGUCGCUUCUGCAAGACCUCUACACAAACGAGAUCAGCAUUCGCUACGUUCAAGAGUACCUUGCCAAUGCUGGCGCCAGCGUCCAUUCCACUCGAGAGCGCUGGUUUGAUACUCCCACAGAAGUCAUCAUCAACGACGUUGACACCGCGACUGCUAAGAAAGUGACGUACACAGGCAGCGGAUGGGAUUCUGCAACAAGCGUUGCAGGAUAUGGCUCCAAUCAACACUGGGUCCCAGGAUCUACUUCGGAAUCUGCCCAAGCCACGUUUACCGCUACACUUACCACGUCUGGCUACUACCCCGUGUACAUGACUUGGCCUGCCACGUCAAACCGAGGCUCUCCAGAUAUUCGCAUUACGCAUUCCGGCGGCAUACAGACAGUGUCGGUUCCAAUGUAUCAAUUUGACUCGAUCUUUGUGUAUCUUGGUCGCUACUACUUUACUGCUGCGGCGGGAAUCAAGGUCGAGAUUACCAACAAAAUGACGGUCAUUUCGGGCAAGUUUGCGAUGGUUGAUGCGGUUCGCGUCGGAUGCGGAGCGUCAACAGCUGGCAUUCCACGCUGGAAGCUGUCAGCCCAGGACUUUCUGUACUACAUGAGUCAAGGCCAGUAUUCAACCCUGGGUCUUCAAGUGGCAGCCAACUCAGCGCCCACCCUUGAUACCGACUACCUGGCCAGGGCAAAGUUUUCGACCUACAUGUUCAACCAGAAGCUGGAUAUAAAUUUUGCCAACACGCAAGUUGGAAGCGACUGGCUCUACGCAGGUAUUGGUGCAAGUGGAGGCUCUGGAUCUGGUGUCUCAACUGUGACACCCAACACGAACCCCUCCGGUCUCAGUGCAACGCUCUACACGGCGUGCAGCACCGCGGCAACUAGCGUGCGCGUGAACGUUCAGCAAGCAACCGGACAAAACAACCAAGGAGGCUCCCUCGAUGCGUCCAAAACGGAAUUGACCCAAAACACCAAGAUGCCGUCGUUCAUCACAUACACCAUUGAUGUGUUCAACAGCACGGAAAUGGGGCUGAUGGCGAAAGAAUCCUACCGCGAAACGCUUGGUCGUGCCAUCUACAAGGGCAUCCACAAGUACUUUGUUCCAUCGUCUCCUACCAUCAUCCCGUUGCCGGUCACCAACCUUUACACUGUCUCAAGAACCGACAGCGUUGCCCUCUGCUGGGUUCAGCCGACUGACCCUCUUGAAUCAAGUGCAACUCCAACAGCGUACAAGCUGUACACCUCUACUGACGGUCGCGGCUGGGAUGCAGGUGUCAUUUUCGGGCCUACGGGUGCUAAUGUCGCGCUUGAAGGGAACUUUGGCAACAGCGUGUGUGGUGGCACGAGAUUGGUCGCGGUCGACACGCAGUACUACUUCAAAGUUGUUGGUGUCAAUGCUGGAGGAGAGGCUCUUACAAAGCUUACAGUCGCUGGGUACCGCAACUCUGGAAGCAGUCCGCGCAUUCUCGUGGUUGAUGCUUUUGACGCCGACUUUGUCCACGCGAGCGACAAUAUCGAGGGCCGCUACACACGCGAGUACGUGUACGAGUAUGCUAGUGCGCUACAGGCUGCAGGCUACCGCUGCGACUCGGCCACCAAGAACACUUUGCUCGACGCAACAUGGGUGAAUGCCUAUUUGGUGAACUACGAUACUGUCAUCUGGUUUGCAACUUCAUCUAUCGGCGCAAGUGGAGUCCCCGGAGGAUCGGGUGUCUCAACUGUGACACCCGACUCGAACCCUGGCGGUCUCAGUGCAGCGCUCUACACGGCGUGCAGCACCGUGGCAGACAGCGUGCGCGUGAACAUUCAGCAAGCGACCGGACAAAACAACAAAGGAGGCGUCCUGGAUUCGUCCAAAACGGAAUUGACCCGAAACGCAUACAUGCCGUCGUUCAUUACAUACACCAUUGAUGUGUUCAACGGCACUGAAAUGGCGCUGAUGGCGAAAGAAUCCUACCGCGAAACGCUGGGUCGUGCCAUCUACAAGGGCAUCCACAAGUAUUUCAAUUCGUCUGCAAUCAUUAUCCCUCUGCCAGUCACCAACCUUUACACUGUCUCAAUGACCGACGGCGUUGCCCUCUGCUGGGUUCAGCCGACUGACCCUCUUGAAUCAAGUGCAACUCCAACAGCGUACAAGCUGUACACCUCUACUGACGGUCGCGGCUGGGAUGCCGGUGUCAUCUUCGGGCCUACUUCUAGCUCUUCGGUUUACUUCGAUGGAACGUACGGCAACAGCAUAUGUGGCAUCACAACCACGGUCGCGGUCGACACGCAGUACUACUUCAAAGUGGCUGGUGUCAAUGCCGGCGGUGAAGCCCUUACCAAGCUGACAGCAGCUGGUUACCGCUACACUGGAGCCAGACCCCGGGUUGUCGUGAUUGAUGCAUUCGACGCCGACUUUAUCCACACGAGCGACAACAUUGAGGGCCGCUACACACGCGAGUACGUGUACGAGUAUGUCAGUGCGCUCCAGGCUGCAGGCUACCGCUGCGAAACAGCGACCAAGAACUCUCUGCUCGACACGACCUGGGUGGCUGACUACUUCAUGAACUUUGAUACUGUGAUUUGGUUUGCUGGCGAGAACACUGGUAUCAACGUGUUGCCUGCCGCGCAUCAAGCUGUCAUCAACACCUGGAUUGCUGCUGCCAACAUUACCAAACCGCGCUCUUUGGUUGUCAGCGGGUCGCACGUCGCAUCGGGUCUUGCGGCUGCUGGUGGAGCAAGUGCAACCUUCCUCGCCAACAACCUGGGUGCUGGUUACGCUGGUUCCACUGCUAGCGCGCCAUUCGUUGCCCGCCAGGCUGUUGAUCCGGGCUUUACGAUGAGCGGCACUGUGACAUUCAACUCGGUCAUCGCGCUUGGCAACCCCUACCUUGUUCAAACCCCUGACAUCCUGACUACCGUUGGAAACGGCAUGGCUGCACUGUACUAUGGCGCUUCUUCUGGAACCAACAUUGCUGGUGUGAGCACUGUGGGAGGCAGCUACUCGUCGUUUUUGCUCGCCAUGCCAUUCGAGACAAUCAAGUCGAGCACCGAGCGCACUACGCUGAUGACGUCGAUUGUGAAGAGCGUGAUUCAACGUCGUGCCAGCUCUGCCAUCUCUGCAGCGACUGCGAGCGCCGCAACGGUCGUGUCGACAUCUCGGGCGUCAGUGGCAAGUCAGUUGUCAGCCGCUUCGGCUUCCGCGAUGUCGUCGUCUGUUGCCUCGUUCGCUUCCAAGGCAUCAGUAGCAAGUCAGUUGUCAGCCGCUUCGGCUUCCGCGAUGUCGUCGUCUGUUGCCUCGUUCGCUUCCAAGGCAUCAGUAGCAAGUCAGUUGUCAGCCGCUUCGGCUUCAGCGAUCUCGACGUCGGUUGCCUCGUUCGCUUCUGUUGCUUCUGUUGCCUCAGUCUCAUCCGACGCAUUUGUGGCAUCCACGUCCAUUGCAUUCGUUACAAGUGCCGCUUCCGUUGCUACUGCUUCUGUCGCUUCUGUCGCCUCAGACGCAUCUGCAGCAUCCACGUCCAUUGAGUUUGUCACCAGCGCGGCAUCUGUUGCUACGGCUUCUGUUGCUUCUGUCGCCUCAGACGCAUCUGCAGCAUCCACGUCCAUUGAGUUUGUCACCAGCGCGGCAUCUGUUGCUACGGCUUCUGUUGCUUCUGUCGCCUCAGACGCAUCUGCAGCAUCCACGUCCAUUGAGUUUGUCACCAGCGCGGCAUCUGUUGCUACGGCUUCUGUUGCUUCUGUCGCCUCUGACGCAUCUAUCGCAUCCACAUCCGUCGAGUUUGUCACCAGCGCGGCAUCUGUUGCUACUGUCUCUGCUGCUUCGAUCGCGUCCGACGCAUAUGUGGCAUCCACGUCCAUUGCAUUCGUCACCAGCGUGACUUCUGCUGCUGUUGCAUCGUCCACGAAAGCAUCUGUCGCAAGUGUUGCCUCGACGGCAUUUGCGCAUUCGACGAGUUCGUCUCAUUCUGCAUCAACCUCGAAGGCCACUGCUCACUUUGCCUCGACUUCAAGCGCUCAUAUAACGACAGCGGAUGUCAGCGCUUCUGGAGCCAGCAUUAGCUCUGCAGCGACGACAGUCCCUGCAUCACUUGCGACGAUCGCCUCCUCUGCAGCUUCUCCAGCUUCUGCAUCUCUCGAACCCGCAAAUGCUUCCAGCUUCCCGAUUGGCCCAGUGGUCGGUGGCGUCGUUGGUGGUUUGAUUCUCCUGAUCCUUGUUGUCAUUCUCCUGGUCACCCUGCUCCGUCGCCGCCGAAACACCAAAAAAGAACAGGGUCCAGGUUCGGUGGAGCGCAAUUCCCUUCCCGAUCCUGUCGCGGACGAUUCGGUUGGAACGUUUGCCAAUCCUCUCUUCCAGCAAAUGGACGACAAUUUGGGUGACGCUUCGACCCCGGCCGCGGACUCCCAGCUGGCCGCUUCGAAGCUGGAAGAAUCUGGGCUGCGCGAGUAG